GGUCUUCCUCGGCUAGAAAGGGGGAAAAUCUAGGUUUAGCGCUGCUCUUUCACCAUGGAUCUUUGGUUGAGUUCUCUCAAAAGGAAUGCGCUCAAGCUCUUGAUCACUGAGAUUGACUCCGUCUUCCUGGAAUCAGGUUUCGUCCUUUACAAAACCCGACCUGAAAAGUCUCCCGAUUGGUACGAUUCCGACCACAAUUCCACCAUCUCCGUCUCUUACACCCUUCCUGCCCUCAUCCUCGGUAACAAUGACCCGAUGGAGGAGAAAGUACCGCCAUUGGUACAAGUCAAAUUCCAGCCUCUGUGUAGCUUCCUGGUGAUCUGCGGCUCGCUAGCCCGAGACGGUUCGCUUCCGCGCAUGUUCUGCUUCAACAAGACCGGAGAAUUCGCGUCGGUUAUCGCGAGCGGAGGCGUAUUGGGGUUUCGGAGAAGGAUCAAGGACGAGCUCUGUUUCCCAUUGCUGAUCGACAUCGCGGAGGAGGCUGGGCUGCCCGGGCCCAACUGCUUCUCCACCCUCCCGAGCGAGCUCAAGCUCGGGAUCAUGGCCCUGCUGCCGGCGAAGGCCGCGGCGAGGAUGGAAUGCGUGUGCUCCAGCCUCCGGAGCCUGUCGUCGUCCUCCAGCAACCAGCUGUGGGAGGCCAGAUACCGCGAGGUGUUCGGGAAGGUUCAGGUGGGGGAAGCCCUGUCGAGUUCGUCGGUGGAGAAGAAUUGGAGGGAGCUGUUCGUUAGGAGGGUGGAGAAGAGGAAGGUGGGAGUGGCGUACGGGAUCGCGAUCAGAGAGAAAGCGAAGAAGAUUCGCUUUCUGAAUGUGGCGUCUGUGAGAGAGCAGGCCAGGAUAUUAUACCAAGAAAACCAUAUCAGUGCACAAGAACUCCCCAGUUCUUCAUCUGAGCCCUCCUCGAGGACUUCAAAGAGCCACUACCUGCAAGUUCGUUGUUCAACUUUGUAUAAGAAUUCUGUUAUGGGGGCUUGCUCCAAAUUCUCUUCCCCCCAGUUGCAAUAAACAAGACAAUGAUUUGUAAAUAAUUUUACCGAGAAGUAAUGUUUUGUGAUCUCAUUUUUAAACAAAAAAAUCGAAAUUUAGGAGUGUUUGUUGCUUUUGAUUGCCAUGGCAAGUGUCGGAAAAGCAAUUACUGCUAUAAGCUAAGUAAAAAAAAUACUUCAUAACAAGAUGUGUUGUGGAAUCAUAAACGAUAUUUCACUGUGGUAUAAUUUGCAUGUAAUUUAUAAAAUUUUCAGAACAUG